GUUCGUAUCGAAGCUCACUCCCGACGUCGGGGCAAGGAUUGGCCGUUCCGGGGCAGCUGAGCAGCUUUCUCCGGGGGAGCCGCGGCUGUGACCCACCAAGUGGCCCGCGCGGCGGGCAGCUAGCUAGGGCACCAGGAUGGGCACCCCAGCCUCAGUGGUGAGCGAGCCACCCCCUUGGCAGGCUCCGGCUGAGGCCCGUGGUCGCAAGCAGGCCUCAGCCAACAUAUUCCAGGAUGCUGACCUGCUGCAGAUCCAGGGGCUGUUUCAGCGCAGCGGGGACCAGCUGGCCGAGGAACGGGCCCAGAUUAUCUGGGAGUGCGCAGGGGACCACCGGGUAGCAGAGGCCUUGAGGAGGCUGCGCAGGAAGAGACCCCCCAAGCAGAAGCCUGUGGGCCAUUCACUCCACCACUGCAGUCGGCUCAAGACUCCAGAGCCCUCCAUGUCACUGGAUGACCCACAGAACAGGGCCACAGAGGUAGCAUCCAAUGAGCAGCACCUGAACUCCAGGAGGUCGAGUGCCAGGAUCCGCCAGAACUGGAGGAAGCCAAGCCCCACCAGCUACCUUCAUCAGAUCAGACACUGACCUCGAAGGAAUGGGGAUGAGGGGGCAGCAGCUCCCUCAAGUACUGCAAGGACUUUGGCCAUCGGGCUUAGGGAGAAGUUGGAAGACUGAAGAGGCAGAAGGCAGAUGUGGGUCAAGCAAAGCCCACUGCCAGGGGCUGUUCCAAACAGGAAGGGAAGUUCUCAGAGCUCUCUCCACGAGGAGAUACUGCUCCUGUCCCUGCCUCAGCCCUUCUCCUGUGUAACACUCUGGCUGGGUAUAUGGCAUCCCUAUGAGAGGCUGGGGCUAGGCAUGAUGCUGGAGACUCUUGCCCCCUGCCUCAGGGCACCCCAUGUUCCAGCAGCCACUCCACAUGCAGAAUGCAAACACACAUUUCCCAAACUGCAUGAUUGUGCAAGUGGUUUGAAUGGUAAAAUAAAUAUGCAAUGUAGAA